AUGGACUGCGGCCUGCCGCUCAUGCUGGAGCGAUCCAAGCAGAGCAUCGAGUCUGCACGGGAUGCAGCAGCAUUCUUCAAGAAACGCGCAGCGAUUGAGGAGGAAUAUGCGCAUGCCGUGCGCAAACUGGCCAAGCAACAUGGCUCGCAGUACUCGAUGCAUGAGGCGCGCGCAGGCUCCUACGGGGAGAACUGGAAAAACAUUUUGUCGGCGCAGGAAAACUUGAGCGAGAACCACUUCCGCUUUGCUACUAAACUGACCCAAAUCAGCGACGACAUUGCUGUAAAUGUGCGCGAUGCAGAGCGCUCGCGGCGCUCGAGUCGCGAAAUGGGCCAGCGGUUCGAAAAGGGAUUGGUCGACGCGGAGAGCAACACGGAGCGCGCGCGUUUGCGAUUCGACCUUGCAGCCGAGGAUUUGGAGCGUGUGCACCUGGUAAAGCAGGGCGAUACGACUCGUGCGGCAGACAUGUCGAUUGGGCAUGCGGCGAGCAAGCGCACGCUCGGCAUGUCGUUCUCCAAGGGUGGGCUUUUCAAGAGCAAGAACCCGCAGCAGAUAUUGCGCCACGAAGAAGAGUUUACCAUGAAGAAAAAGAGUGCGCAUGAGGUGCUGCGCAGCGAGGCGGAUGCUGCACAGAUGCUGCGCCAGGAAUAUUUCCACCAGCACCUCCCUCAAAUCAUCCGGGCACUCAAAGACACGAUCUCCGAGCUCGAUACAGGCCUCCAGUUCCAGCUCGUCCGCUUUGCGUUUUUGUUUGAAAGCAUUAUCUUGGGCGACGGUAUCAUUAUCAAUCCGCUGAACGAAAACGCAUCGACAAAGGGUCUGCGCGACGCUGCCGCGGAUAUCAAUAAUGUCAGCGACUUUAAAGACUUUAUUCAGAGUUACGAACUUGCACAGGGGCAGGAAUACAAGAGCCCUUCGCGGCUGAACCCGUACGACGAGUCCACCUUGUCGAGUCUCUUCUAUCAAACCAUGCUCUCUGGACCGUCGUCUCAAACAGCUCGCGCCGUCGCUAAUACUCCAGCCGACGCACUUGUUCCGCACAACACUGCACGCCCCAUUUUUGGCGAGGAUCUCGUCAAGCAACUCAUGCGCGACGGUGUCGAUGUGCCGCCUAUCUUGGAAAUUUGCGCGGAUGCUAUCGAGCGUGUGGGGAUUCAAAAUACAGGCAUCUACCGUCUUUCUGGAACCACAUCGCGCGUCCAGAACCUCAAAGCAAAGUUUGAUGCGGACUGGUCUGCGGUGAAUUUAAUGAGCGAUGAGGCGCUCAGCGACAUCAACAUCGUCGCUGGGUGUCUCAAGCUCUGGUUUCGCGAGCUUCCGGAGCCGUUGCUUACCUACGAUCUAUACCCUGCAUUUAUUGAAGCCGCCAAGAUUGAGAACGAAUAUUUGCGACAAAUUCGGCUGCAUGAGCAGGUAAACGAGCUGCCCGAUGCAAAUUACGCAACGCUGCGCUUCCUGAUGGGGCACUUGGACCGUGUCCGCGCCUGCGAGGGCGUCAACCAAAUGAGUGCGCACAACCUCGCCAUCGUGUUUGGCCCAACACUGCUCAGCGCCCCACCGGAUCAAAUCCAGAGCGAUGUGGGCAAGAAUGGCGGGCCUGUGCAGCUGCAGGAUAUGAACUACCAGUGCAUGGCGAUCGAGACAAUUCUGACCAAGUACCGCGAUAUUUUUGUAGAUUGA